AUGUCUACUGAAGAUCUCCAUGAAAAAUUUGCGGACGCAGACGAGGAGGCGCAGGUAUGUAGGGUCGGAGUCCGCGUGCCUCCAUUUAACGCAGACGAGCCCGCACUGUGGUUCGCCCAGAUUGAAGCCCAAUUUCAUCUAUCCAAAAUUACGCUCGACGAUACGAAAUUUUAUUAUGUCGCUGGGCAGUUGGAGGCGCGGUAUGCGAUGGAGGUGAAAGACGUUAUCACUAACCCUCCCGCUGCCGAUAAAUACCCUAAAAUCAAGGCGGAAUUGAUUAAGCGUCUCUCCGCGUCGCAAGAAAAACGGACGCGGCAACUACUAGUUCAAGAAGAGCUUGGCGACCGUAGCCCGUUGCAGUUCCUGCGCCAUCUACAGAACCUGGCCGGCGCCGUUGCAACUUCGGACCUCCUACGGACAAUUUGGUGCGACCGUUUACCGCACAACGUUCAGACCAUACUUGCGUCGCAGUCCGAGCAGCCUUUAGAUAAACUCGCCGAUUUAGCAGAUAGGGUUUAUGAGCUAGCUCCUUCAACCCCCCGUGCUCCGCAAGUGGCGACUACUUCUGGUGCUGCUACCACCUACGCACCAGCGUGUUCUGUCUCCCACGCGCCCGUUUCGCCUACUGACGCUUUGACGCAGCAAGUCAACGAGCUUACAAGGCAAGUUGCUUUAUUAACAACUAACUUUAAAAGAGGUCGUUCACACUCGCGCUCACACUUCUCGUCAAGGCCACGAAGACACAGCCGCUCUCGACCUAGGAUGCCGCAGCCGCCGCCUAACCAUCCGCACUGCUUUUAUCACUACAACUUUGGGCAAAAAGCACACAAAUGUAGUAAGCCCUGCAGUUUCGACUCGGGAAACUCCCCGGGCGGUCGGAACUAG